AGCAGUAGCAUAGGAGGACUUGAUUCUCUUUUAGCCCGGUUGGCCUAUUAACCCAAAGAAAAGGUACGUAAUUCUUUCCAUAACUGAGCAUAUUAACCCAAAGAACAGGUACAUAAUUCUCUUAGGCAGACCCGAGGUGCCUUCAACUGAGCAUAUUAACCCAAAGAAAAGGUAUGUAAUUCUUUCCGUUAUCUUGGCCUUUUGAAUAAUAUAUGCUGUUUUCGUGCUAUCUUGGAGAUCACUGAAUGGCAGUGAUGGAUUUGAGACUUGUGGUUUGUACGUCCAGCUAAUGUUAUGAAUUCGUUCCCUUGGCUAUAACUCGUUUGCCCUUCCACCGAUAGCAUUCAUUCCCGACCCUUGUAGAUGUUUGUUCACUACCCAUGCCUGCAUCUGGAAAUUGUUUCCGGAAAAAAGGAUUAGAGGAAAGCGUGUUUCGAUUUGCAUUAGGAUUAGAGUUUGAAGCAUUAAACAUUCUAAUUUCUGUGAAUAAAUCUUAUGUAGUAUCGUAACUUUGUGCAUAAUGUUACCUUGGCAUUCUUGAUGUGACCCAGUUGCAUGACUGACUGUUAUGGUGCAGCGUGUAGAUUGUUAUGGACGUGGACGUGGAACAAUUCACAGCAUCUAUGAGUCCAUGCAUAUGGAUUGAAGAGAGGAGGGCAUCACCAGAAUCAACUACCACUUUAAACAGGUACGUGAGGUUCAACACGAUGCAGGCGAUAGGGCUGGACGUGCUGUUGAUAUUUCCGGAUUUGUUGGAGAGGAGUUUCAACCCGAGACAAGGGUGGGGUUUGGAUCUGGUGAUGAGUUUGGACAGCACUGUCUUCUUGUUCUUGCUCGUCUCCCUCAUCUAUGGCUCCUCUUCUUGCUUGCUCGGUCUGCUCCCUAGACUGCCCAUUGUUGCUGAUGCUGCUGACAGGCAAGUCCUCUGAUCUUCUGAUCUCUCCUCACUUUCCCAAUAAUCUCUUCAUAUGGUAUUCACAAGUGUAAUUUGGAUUGAGUUUCCUUGUUGUUUGGUUCUGUUUAUGAUAUUGCAACCUAAUUACUCAA